UGCCGACGGUCGACGCGCUGCUUGCAGGCUGGCUCUAGCUGGCUCUCUCGUUAGCAGGGUUAGCAGCCCCGAUAAAUACGGGCCUGAACGGCAUGGAGCAGCCGUCUCUCGGCUUCGUCGCGUCGCGACACCCGUGCAUUUGAAUCACACACGUCGGGCGUCGGGCGACGUCACUCGCGGAGCUCGGAGACCUCGGAGACCUCGGAGUGCCGCUCGCGCGAGUCGUUAUCUGUCGUUAGCGCGUCGAGUCCGAGCGGUGGUGACUGGUGAAACAGUGCGGUGGUUAAGCGGGUGCCCGUCGGCGAGCGGGACCUAAGGCUCGAUCCCGCAACGGCAAAAAUCAGGCGCGUGUGCGUGGUGGUGGUCCUUGUCUCGAGUCUCGAGAUCGUCGAACAACAUCUGUGAUUUCCUAGCGUCGGGAGGGUUACGCGGCCAGUCAGUCGCGGAAAAAGGAAACCCCGCGAGAGUUGUGUUCGGCUCGACCAAGAGAGACGUUUCUCCUCCAACGGCGUCUCGAUGAUAAUCGUCGGCAGGCACUCGCGCCCGGUCCGCCCGCUCGUCUACACGUGCUGCAGAGCAGCCGUCAGCCGUAUCGUGAGCCGACGAUAGAGAACGCCGGCCCACCGAUCUCUUCUCGUUAUCGUUACGUUACGUUAUCGAGCGCCGAACGGCGCGGCAUGAGCGCGUAGAUAAUCCCGGGCUCUAUCGUUUGUUUACGGCGUAUAUAAUCGUCGUGUUUACGGCGGUGUUUACUCAUCUCCCGUCGGAAUUCGGAAUUCCCAUGCGAUCGUCGCCUGAUCGAUCGCCGUGUGCGCGCGGAUAAGAAAUCAGCGAGAGAAAUCGGUAACACUUGACCGAUAAAGCGAGAAAAGAGAGAAAGACGGAUACAGAUAUAUUGGCGCGUGGAUAUCGCCGGAGCCGGGGCGGUCGUUUUUUUCUCACUUCAAGUUAAUACCUUCCGGGUCCGGACUCCGUUCAAAUGGUGGAACGCAAGCAUCAUCGGCGCACGAUGGAGGACAGCGUUCAAGGGGCCUCGAGCGCCGUCCUCGAGGAGAUUUUCUACGUGACGUCGAAGCGGAACACGUACUACAAGGUGAAGCUGACGGAGAAGGGCCUGAGUCUGCAGAAGGAGCACAACGGGGCGGCGAAGAUCGAGACGAUCGCCCUCGGCGACAUAAUCGGCUGCAGAUGCAUGCGGUCGAAGCGCAGGAACGCGGGCAGCUGCGCCUGCCGACCGGGCGCGUCCAAGUCGCAGAUGAAGCUGGUGGAGUCGGCCGAGCUCUACCAGCACUGCGACGAGCUCGACACGUCGGCUUACCUCUACAUAUACGCGUACACGCUCAAGAAGACGCGCAUGAAGGUCACGUUGAGGCGCGAGCGCACGACCAUCACCCUGCGCUUUCGCAGCUUCGACAAGUACGAGGACAACCUGCGCGAGGCGAGCAGGUGGCGGCUGGCGAUCAAGUGCCUGGUCGCCAACGUGCCGGUACCCAAGAACCUGAUGAGCCCCAGCCACGGAAACCUGGAGACCCUGGUCGGAGCGUGUCCGGGCGAAAAUCGGAAGCUCCUGGUGCUGUUGAACCCGAAAUCGGGACCCGGCAGGGGCAGGGAAACCUUCCAGAAGAGGAUCCAUCCAAUCCUGUCGGAAGCGGAGACAUCGUACGAGAUUCACAUUACCAAAUGUCCCAAUUACGCUCGCGAGUUCGUGCGCACGAGGGAUAUUUAUCAGUGGAGCGGCCUGCUGAUGGUCGGUGGCGACGGAAUCGUCUUCGAGGUGCUGAACGGACUUUUCCAAAGGCCCGAUUGGGAGAAGGCUCUGCGCGAAUUGUCGCUCGGGGUGAUACCAUGCGGCUCCGGCAACGGCUUAGCGAAGUCCAUCGCCUAUGCCAAGAAAGAGCCAUACGACCGCAAUCCUUUGCUUAUCAGCGCGCUAUCGGCGGUCAAAUGCAAAAGGACAUCGAUGGACAUCGUGCGUGUAGAAACAAGGAAUCAGAUCCUUUUCUCGUUUCUGUCGGUGGGUUGGGGUCUCCUCGCCGACAUUGACAUAGAAAGUGAACGACUACGCGCUAUCGGAGGCCAAAGAUUUACCGUAUGGAGCGUAGCGCGCCUAAUAGGAUUGAGAACGUAUAAAGGCAAAGUGUCGUAUUUACCUUGCAACAAGGUCCCUCCGACGGAAAAUAUGGAAAACGGCAAUAUAUAUCACAAGGAUUAUGUCGCGGAGAACAUACUGUCGCAUUCGAGAAGUUACGGCGACGAAUUGGACAGGUGUUGUGCCAAACCAGAAUCGGAACCAAAAGGCUUCUACAAUACUUUCGGUGAAUCAUCGCACGAUUUAAACGGUUGCGACGAUAACGACGUGAUAACUGAGAACCUGAAUCUCGAGACGGAAAACGAGAGGAGGCACAGACUUGAUAGUUUCUACUCCGCAACAUCGGCGAAGUCAACUUAUUUCAGCACAGGUUCGGUCUCGAGUUAUCACAGUAUGGAGGACAAUGAUAGCACAGAGAUUGGUGCAGAAAACAUCUGUAACAAUCAAGUUAUGUAUGGGCCGUCAUCUACACUUCCGGCAUUAACAACGCAACUCUCAAAUUGCUGGACAACAGUUCAAGGAGAAUUUAUAAUGGUACAUGCAGCUUAUCAAACGCAUUUGGGCCAGGAUUAUUUUUUUGCGCCACGUGCUACAUUAGAAGAUGGGAUUAUUUGGCUUUUAAUAGCUAAAGCCGGUAUCACACGGGCCAACUUAGUACAAUUUUUAUUAGGCCUGAGUAGCGGGACUCAUGUGACUUGUCCUGGCGUUGAUAUGAUACCUGUGAAGGCAUUCCGGAUAGAACCUAUGGAAGGAACGAGUGGACAUAUAACUGUAGACGGCGAAGAAGUUGAUUAUGGACCGCUGCAAGCCGAGAUAUUCUCUUCUCUAGCAUCGGUGAUGACACCCUGACAUAAAUGAUAAUCAUGUAUAUUCAACAUGGUGAUAUCAACAACAAAAUCAAAUAAUCUUCGGAUAUAAUCCUAUGAAGGAUUUGUUCUAGGUUAGCUUAGAGUAAAUUAGUUAGUAAUACCAAACUGUUAAUAUGUAUUAAUAUCUUAUGAAGGUAUUUCGGAUUGUAAACUUUAAAUUGACAAUCUAUGUAGGCUGUUUAAAUCUCAAUCUAUUAACUUGCGAUGCGCUCGCUCAAGAAGAAUUCUUUUCCCUCCUUAUAAUGAAGAGAUCGAUAGAUAAAUAUAUAUACAUAUAGAUAUUAUAUAUGUAUAUAAAUUAUUUAUUAAGCUAGAGCUGGACGGGUUAAAUCUGUUGCAUUUUAAUAGAUACAUUUAGCUAUUUUGUAAAGUUUUCUAUCAGUUUGUACAGUGUAUCUAUACAUGCAACAUAAUGAUAUUAUUUGUGCUCACUAUUGUAAACUAUAUAAUAUUACGCGUAAGAUACUAUAUUUUGUUACCAUGUUAAAUAAAUUAAUGAAUUGUGUUUUUUUACACAAAUAUUUUGCGAAUCAAUACUAACCAAAUGCAUCAGAAAAGUGUAAACUUUAUUAUCACAUUUUAAUACGUUUGCGUCUUACAUCUAACGCACAGUAAAAAUGAUACUGCAUUGUUUACGGUUUGAUAUGUAUGCUGCAUAAAUAAAAUAGUAUUUUAACGAUAAGUAACAUGCCGCAGCAAUCGGUUUGGUUACAUACGAGCUGUUUUAUUACUUUUAUUUCCAUGUAAAAAGAAUAACUCAUGACGGGAAAUAAUAAAUCGUACAAUCACAGAAAUUAAUUACGUACGAUACGUAUAUCAUUCUUGGAAUGCACAAAUAUUGAGAUUUAGUUCUCCCAAUUAAAUUUCCCCUUUAAUUAAAAUCAGUGUUUCUUUUUUCAUGCGCGAUGUUAUACUUAAUAAACGCAGUUGAGGUUUGAAAGCUGUUUUAUUAAACCAAGCUUUUUCCGUUCCCGGAUUUUUAUCAUCUUUCGUCACUUACAUAAUCCUAACUCGAUAUCAUGUACAGUUACAUUUAUAGUUUCGCCACAUUUUCUCGUGGUAGGAAAGUACUGCGAUAGUUUGAAAAGUUUGGGAAUCGUUUCACUAAAGUGUCUGUUAAAGAGAGCACCACAUAUACGAUACACGCGCAUCCAGGAGCCAGCGACGCUUCGUCAUCAAUUUGUGAGCCUGUUCCUGACCUCCUCAAUUCAUGAAUAAUCAAUUCUAAAUGCGAUAAAUCUCAAUGAGAACGGUGAACGCGAUAAAAACACGUAUACAUCUUCUUCGGACGCAGUCAAAUCAAUCUCCAAACGCGUCGUAAUUCAUUGAAUUGAUUAAAUUUCGUGCUCAUUGUUUACGUUAUAAAACAAUAAAUGAUAAGAUCGAUCGCUCACUCCGUUGCCGCAUUUCAGAAACGCGACUCAUACAACGCUCCGUGACACGUGCAAUGUUGGGGGAUUUGCCUCGGUAUUAAUAUUCAUAAGGAGAUAUUUUUGGGUAACGGAAGGCAAGAGGUUGCCGUUUGUGUUAGGUCUACACGUAUCGUUUAUUAUUCUCUCUUUACAACAGCGAGUUCGUGAUCGUCGAUCGUCGUCGAUCGACCUCGUCUCCUUUUUCCCCUCUCGCUUUAAACCUCCCUUUUGUACGUGGGUCUCCGUAUGAGCGUCACUCGAGUCGAUGACGAUGAAAAACGGAUGAAGUAUGAGAAAUGAUAAGGAGCGAGGGAGUUUAUGGAUCAGUCUCUUUACACAAGCUGAGUAAAACAACAAUGAACACGGAGAGCACGGUUCCCCAACAGGCGAGCGCCGGUCGCCGGUCGUGCCGUGCGAUAAAAAUUGGACACGCAAAUCCCGCGAUUUGGCGCGGCGACGACGGCACGGCGCGUCGCGUCGUGAGAGCUGUCGACGACGACAGCUCGAAAAAGACAAAAAAAAAA